AUAUCACGGAAUAUAUGAAAUGUCUCAGCCAACUUUAUUGAUAAAGGAUCCAGAACUUUUGAAAAAAAUCACCGUUAAAGAUUUCGACCACUUCAUGGACCACAAACCUAUAGUUCCAGAGGAAGUAGAUCAAUUAUGGAACAAAAAUUUAUUUUCAUUGAGAGGUAAGAAAUGGCGUGAAAUGCGACCCAUUCUCAGCCCAUCCUUCACGAGUAGCAAAAUGCGAACAAUGUUCAUUCUGAUGUCAAAAUGUGCAGAAGAUUUUGUCAAUCAUUUUCUCAAGAAAGAUCAAGUUUGCUUCGAGUUGGAAAUGAGGGACACAUUUACUCGAUUCGCCAACGAUGUUAUAGCAACUGCUGCUUUUGGUGUUAAAGUUGACUCACUUGAAGCACCAAAUAAUGAAUUUUAUUUAAUGGGAAAAGAGGCAACUAAUUUCGGAGGAAUUGUGAAUAUGAUCAAGUUCUUCGGAUUGGUCUUUUGGUCUUUUGUCCCAAAAUUAUGCAGAUUCAUCUCUGAUAUCUGUAGAGUAGGGGGGUUUUUUGGAAUAUCAUUCAUUAGUCGUUCAGUGAAUAAUUUUUUUCAAAAAUUAGUUGAUGAUACUAUAAAAACUCGAGAGGAGAAUAACAUCAUCCGCCCAGAUAUGAUUCAUCUAUUAAUGGAAGCAAAAAAGGGAAUUCAUCACAAUGAAGAAACUGUUGAAGUUGAUACGGGAUUUGCAACUGUUAAGGAAGCUAAUAUGGGAAAAGGUCACAUCGCAGAACUCACUAACACAGAUAUCACCGCACAGGCUUUGAUAUUCUUUUUUGCCGGAUUCGAUUCCGUAUCAUCUCUCAUGUGCUUCAUGGCACAUGAGUUGGCUGUGAAUUCAGAUAUCCAAAUAAGACUGAGAAAGGAAAUUAAUGAAACUUCAGUUUCAUGUGGAGGAAGUAUUACCUAUGAAGCGUUAUUGAAAAUGAAAUAUAUGGACAUGGUUGUUUCAGAGACUUUGAGAAAAUGGCCAAGUGCUUUGGUAACAGACAGAAUCUGUACGAAACCUUACACUAUAGUUCCAGUUACUGCAGAUGAGAAUCCAGUACAUAUCGAGAAGAAAACCUUGAUAAUGAUUCCUAUAUUCGGGAUACACCGUGAUCCUAAAUAUUAUCCUGACCCAUUGCGUUUCGAUCCAGAAAGAUUCAGCGACGAAAAUAAGGGAAACAUCAAUACUUUCGCCUAUAUGCCAUUUGGUCUAGGACCCAGAAACUGCAUCGGAUCAAGAUUUGGCCUUCUAGAAACCAAACUCAUAUUCUUUCACCUCCUGUUUCAUUUUGAGUUAGUUCCUGUGGAGAAAACUUCAAUUCCAAUGAAACUUGCUAAAGGAACUUUCAAUCUCAUGGCUGAAGGAGGUUUUUGGUUGGGACUCAAACGAAUGAAAAAAUGAAAUGUUUCCAAAUAAUAAAUUGUUUUUGAUGGG